AUUCUUACGGAUAAUCGCUUAGGCAAGUGGCUUUGGCUUCGGCUUCGGUCUCAUCAGUCAACACGGCACGGACGCCAAAGCGCAACGACCCCUCAAACCCAGCCCUGCCCUUCUCUUUCACGAAAAACCCUAAUCGCACCCAUAAAUUUUUAUUGAAAAAAACAAUUAUGAAACAAAAUUAUUGAUAAAAAAGUCAACCCAGAUCAUUGAAAAAGGGAAAAAAAAAUCUGUUUUUCGUUUUUUCUUUCGGGUUUUUGAGAGAUGUCAUCGGAGAUCGAGGUGGUGGAAGAGGUUCAACCCUCGAAGCAAUCUGGUGGUGUUUUAGCGAAUGGAAAUGGAAAUGGAGGAGGGAAUAAUGGGGUUGUUGGUGGUGUUGCUGAUGAUGAGAGCUUGAGGAACGAUGUUUACACGGCCGCUGCGUAUGGGGAUUUGGAGAAGCUUCAUAGGUUGGUUGAGUCCGAAGGCUGCACUGUUUCCGAGCCUGAUCACCUGGGUUAUUAUGCCCUGCAGUGGGCUGCUUUGAAUAAUAGAACCGCCGCUGCUCAGUACAUUAUCGAGCAUGGUGGAGAUGUAAAUGCGGCAGAUCACACUGGGCAGACAGCCUUGCACUGGAGUGCGGUCCGGGGUGCAAUACAAGUUGCUGAGCUUUUACUCCAAGAGGAUGCUCGGGUGGAUGCCGCAGACAUUUAUGGCUACCAGACAACUCAUGUUGCUGCCCAAUAUGGUCAGACUGCUUUUCUCUAUCACAUUGUUUCAAAAUGGAAUGCUGACCCUGAUGUUCCGGAUAAUGAUGGGCGAAGCCCUUUGCACUGGGCUGCUUAUAAAGGUUUCGCUGAUUGCAUACGUCUUCUUUUAUUUCUUGAUGCAUAUAGAGGGCGUCAGGACAAAGAGGGUUGCACUCCUCUCCAUUGGGCGGCUAUUAGGGGUAAUCUAGAAGCUUGCACAGUCUUAGUACAGGCUGGCAAGAAGGAGGAUUUGAUGGUCACUGAUAAUACUGGCCUUACACCCGCACAGCUUGCUUCUGAUAAAAAUCACAGACAAGUUGCUUUUUUCCUUGGAAAUGCUAGGAGGUUGCUUGAAAAACGGUGUGAUGGGAAUAGCCGUCUUGGACGACUUUCAAAAUUAGGACUUGCACCAAUUCUUUGGUGCAUUAUCUUGCUGCUACUGGUGACUUAUACUCAAUCUGUCAUAAUGGCUUCAAAUCUGCCAAAGUUGACAGCUGGGUUUGGCCUUCUUGCAUGGUUGGGUGUUUUCCUAGCAUCUGCUGGUCUGGUUCUGUUUUAUAGGUGUAGCAGCAAGGAUCCCGGUUAUAUCAGGAUGAAUGUCCAUGAUCCACAAAAUAUGAAAGAUGAUGAACCCUUAUUGAAGAUUGAGAUAAAUAAUCCUGCUUUGCUAGCUGGAAAUUGGUCUCAGCUUUGUGCAACAUGCAAGAUCGUCAGGCCUCUUCGUGCAAAACACUGCUCCACUUGUGAUCGUUGUGUUGAGCAAUUUGACCAUCAUUGCCCUUGGGUGUCAAAUUGUGUUGGCAAGAAAAACAAAUGGGAUUUUUUUCUUUUCCUUGUUUUAGAAGUUUCAGCGAUGUUAAUUACUGGUGGAGUUACUAUUACAAGAAUCUUGACAGAUCCAACGGCUCCAUCUUCAUUCUUACCAUGGAUGAACCAUGCUGGUACUCAUCAUAUUGGUGCUAUAUCUUUUUUGAUUGUGGAUUUUUUCCUCUUCUUUGGUGUGGCAGUGUUAACUGUUGUACAGGCUUCUCAGAUAUCUCGCAACAUAACAACAAAUGAAAUGGCAAAUGUCAUGCGCUAUAGCUACCUCAGGGGCCCUGGUGGUCGAUUUAGAAACCCAUAUGAUCAUGGAUGCCAGAAGAACUGCUCAGAUUUCUUGAUCAAUGGCUACAAUGAGGACCUGCGGGCUACUGAAGAUUCAGUGCAUUCUGAGGGAAUAGGAAUGGUACAAAUGUCGAGGGAUUCAAACUUGCAAAAUGGUGAUAUGCAUACUCAGGCAAACGGAAAUGGCCAUAUUGCUAUAAAUGUCAAUUCCAACAACACCAAUGCACAUCAUGGCCACAUUCAUUCUUCGCACUGCAGCCAUAGUAACCAUAGCAAGUCAAAAACUGAGAGCAUUCCCUUAGGUUUGGGUCUUGGUCUUGGACGGAGUAGUGCCCGUCCUGUUGCGACCUCAUGAUUUUCAUGUUCAGUAUAAGUUGAAACUAAAUGUGCAUUGUAUCAUAAGCAUACAUCCAAUUUCAGCUUUUGUUGAUCUAUUGGUUGCUGCGUUUUGUUCCAAGGUUAUGGGUGCGCCAAUUCUUCCAAUUUGUCUCAUUUCAUAGUAUGAUUUUUGCUGCUGUUGUUAGAUUUUUGUUUGCUUGAAACUCAAAUGGAAUCCCUUUGGGUUUAAUUGCACAAUGUAAAUAGUUGUCGUCGAUAACAUGAAUUAAAACAAUUGAGUAUGGAUUAAUUGAAUUCAUAAAUAUUUGUUGCU